AUGAACCGCAGCAGUACCAACUUGACAAGAGAGGAAAUGGCGAAUUUCAAGACGGCUCUGUCCUUGGUGGUCGUCAAGAAACGAUUCGAAGCACGACAAGAAGAAGAAGCACAGCGGCGUCGACGACUUCAAGCGCGUCUUACUCCUAGCAAUACUAGUAGUAGCAAGAAGAAGCGACCUCCACCGCCACCUGCAGUAGUAGAGGAAACCAAGCGAUUGCGGACCAUGGACUCGUUGGUCUUUGCGUAUGACAAUGACAAGGACAACAGUGCUACACCGACUUCUACUACUACUACUACUAGUAGUAGUAUGAUGGAGGUCCAAUCGAAGCAACGAGAGCAUUUGGACGCCAUGAUGACCAUGGCCAUUCGAAUUGCCAACAAUAACAAAAACAAGACGGCAUUGGAUGCCUUGACAAAUCAUUUGGUGCAGCAAGUCUCCUUUGCGUUUGAUGUCGCACACAAAAUGAAGCAAACUUCUACUGCGACAACGAGAAAAGCCACCAAGACCAAAAAGAAGCAAAAGACACCACCGGCUCCCGAUCAAUGGAUUGCAGACUGGGCAAGAGACUCGUUGCGGCAACACAAGAAUGAUGACGAAGACUCGAACGUCGAUGCCGUCUUUUGUGUGUGGCAGAGAAUGCUCUUUGGAGGACAGCAGACGACUGCGACAAACAGAAUGAGAGCAUCGUGUCGACAGCUUUUUCUACAAGUCUUUUGCAGUCUACUCCAGGAGUUGCGCAUUGCCGAUGGCUCGUUGGUCUCGUCACAAGAAAACCCCACCUCUGGUGUUUCUACUACUGACAACAAGAAACAACACACGGCCAAAAAGAUGCGGAGCAGUUUGAGCAAUCGGAGUAGUGCCAACAACCGCAACAACAAUAAAACAACGCAACGAGUGUCAUUCAAGAGCACCACCACAACGUACACCAUUAGUAGCAACAACCGUCCCAUGCUGGCGCCGUGGCAGCGACUCUUUGCCGUGGCCGCCGCCUCUCAACAGCAUGCCCACGAAAACAACAACGAGAAGAAUCCGUGGCUCGUGCAAGGACUGCGACUGGUCCAACAGAUUGUGCUUGUCAACACUCCAGAACAGUCGCCACAAAUGCACCAUUUGUUGCACCCCAUCUCGUUUUUGCCGCCCAACGACUUGAUUCACUGGUAUACGACCAAGGCGGCAGAACGGCUUCCCGUAGUUCCCCAUCGUACGUAUGGCAAUUACCCCGGGGUCGAGCCAACAAAAAACGGGGCCUUGGGAACUGGAGCGCAACUCAUGACCAUGGUCGCCUUGUAUCAGGCAUUGAAACUACAGCAGCAGCAGCAGGAAAAUGCAGUGUCAAGGAAAAUGUGAGAUCACGACGUGCAAUGCUGUUGGUGUGUGUGCGCGACAAGAAUAAUUUCGGCGUCAUGUACGUGCUCGGUACCGGUAGAUUGGUGUAGACAAUAUAAACAAACA